UUUUUUUACGGUCGCAAGUAGGAAGCUUUUUGCACUCCACCACCUCUGGCCGCUGGGAAGACGUCAUCGCUUCCGCCCUACUUCCUCCUCCUGUUGGCGGUGGUGAGAAUCCAAUAUGGAGUAAAUCGGUGGAGUCUAGAGAUGGGGCUCGGACGGGGCACCCUGCACUGCCUCCAAGGCGCACCUCCCCCGGCCGCCGACAGCUCCCGGGAACCGUGAUUGGCCCGGCCCCCGGGGGCGACCCCGGACCCAGCCCCUGCCGGGUCCUCCUCCUCCUCCUCCUCCUGGCAGCCGCAGCCGCGCCGCUCCGAGGCGCGCUUGUUUUUCUCCAGCUCUCCCCCACCGCGGUCCCGGGUCCCAGAGUCGCCCUCCGAGCCCGGAGCCCCCGCCCACAAGGCCCGCGGCGCACACUCUCUUCCCCGCCGUAGCCCGUGCACCCCUUCCCCAAACCUCGCGCGGCGCUCGGGUUGCCCCGCUUCCCCUUCUGCGGCGGCGCCCCUUUAUCUCCAGCACCCCCACCCCCACCAAAUCAGGCGAUCUUCGGAGAUGUGAGGAAGGGGGGCGAGCGCACGGGAAGAUGAAGGGAGCGAAGCUGCCCGCCGCGGGACAGGCGUCUAGGUGAACAGGAAAAUGACCGAAGAAACACACCCGGACGAUGACAGCUAUAUUGUGCGUGUCAAGGCUGUGGUUAUGACCAGAGAUGACUCCAGCGGGGGAUGGUUCCCACAGGAAGGAGGCGGGCUCAGUCGCGUCGGGGUCUGUAAGGUCAUGAACCCUGAAGGCAACGGACGAAGUGGCUUUCUCAUCCAUGGUGAACGGCAGAAAGACAAACUGGUGGUGCUGGAAUGCUACGUCAGAAAGGACUUGGUCUACACUAAAGCCAACCCGACCUUCCAUCACUGGAAGGUUGAUAACAGGAAGUUUGGGCUGACUUUCCAAAGCCCUGCUGACGCACGAGCCUUCGACAGGGGUGUGAGGAAAGCGAUCGAAGACCUUAUAGAAGGCUCAACAACUUCAUCUUCCACCAUCCAUAAUGAAGCUGAGCUUGGUGAUGACGAUGUUUUUACAACAGCUACGGACAGUUCUUCUAAUUCCUCUCAGAAGAGGGAGCAACCUACACGGACAAUCUCUCCCACAUCCUGUGAGCAUCGGAGGAUUUAUACCCUCGACCCAUACCCCCCAGACCAUUACCACCUCGACCAGCGGAUGCCGAGGCCCUACCCACAGGUGAGCUUCCCAGAGGACGACGAGGAGAUCGUGCGCAUCAACCCCCGGGAGAAGAUCUGGAUGACGGGCUACGAGGACUACAGGCAUGCGCCCGUCAGGGGCAGGUACCUGGACACGGCAGCGGACGCGGACUCCUACGUGCGCUUCGCCAAGGGCGAGGUGCCCAAACACGACUACAACUACCCCUACGUGGACUCCUCGGACUUCGGCCUCGGCGAGGACCCCAAAGGCCGCGGCAGCAGCGUGAUCAAGACGCAGCCCGCCCGGGGAAAGUCCCGGCGGCGGAAGGAGGACGGCGAGCGCUCGCGCUGCGUGUACUGUAGGGACAUGUUCAACCACGAGGAAAACCGCAGGGGCCACUGUCAGGACGCGCCCGACGCUGCCAGAACUUGCAUCCGCCGCGUGAGCUGUAUGUGGUGUGCGGACAGCAUGCUCUAUCAUUGUAUGUCGGACCCCGAGGGAGACUACACAGACCCUUGCUCGUGCGACACCAGCGACGAGAAGUUUUGCCUCCGGUGGAUGGCUCUUAUUGCCUUGUCUUUCCUGGCCCCUUGUAUGUGCUGUUACCUGCCACUCCGGGCCUGCUACCACUGCGGAGUUAUGUGCGGGUGCUGCGGCGGGAAGCACAAGGCGGCAGUCUGACUCAGUUUCCCUUCUUCCCCUCCUCCAUCCACAGCCACAAAGGAACUUGUUGUCUCUUACAUACUCUCGUCCUCUCCUGUGCUCCCCUCUACCCCAAGGAGCGAGGAGAGGCGCCAUUCCAGCCUAGGGAACCCUCCUGGUGGACUCUGCGCUCCCCGGCACCUGUCGCCCACCACAUACCCAUACACACACUCUCACAGGGUUCUAAGGAAAGGAACCUUCUGCAUCGACUUUCGUGUAUUAUUACCAGCCUGUACUCAAGCUGUCUUAUCCAUGUGUUGAUUUUCCUAUCUCCUCUCCCUUCUCUUCCAGUUCAAAAGGGUCCGUGGUGCAAACUGCUGAUUUUUGGUGGGUUUUGUAGUUUUUUUUUUUUUUUAAUCAGGAGCAUCGAAGAGGAUCGAUCUUUCUCGGGUGGGCUUGCCUGGUCCUGCGGAGAUGUAAGGAGAGCAAUGAAACAACCCCUCCCAGAAGUAUUCUAACCUGCAGCCAGUUGGUAUGCUUAGGAGGUGAGCUGUCAGCAAUCGUGAACCGUGCGCAGUACUGCUCUAACUUGUCUAAAGCCACAUUGCACAUGUAAGCUACAGUGCUGUCCUUAGCCCAUCUGCAUAUUUCUACCACACACCCCCAGCCCCCAAAAUCUGUUGGAUUUAUUCACUGAUGUGAAACGUUCACCUGUAAAAUGAUGAGAAUUGAGCCUUAACUUCAGAUUAUCUUGUGCGAAUCAGGAAAAAUCCCUUAAACUGCAUUGUAUCCUCGUGGACCAGGGCUAGAAAGGGGGUUUUCAGGUUUCUCUGAGCCUCCCCACUUACCCAUAAAAUAGAACUUUUUAAAAUUGUGUUGCCACCACUUGUUUAAAAAAAUAAAAAAUUAAAAAAAAAAAAAAAAAAAAAAAAAACAACCUUAGCAAUAUUAGGAUAAGACACUAACGAAGUCCGAAGUUUUGCUUAUUGUUUCGCAAGCCGGAUAGUCUAUUCAGACAUCAGUCAGUGUUCUACGAACAAGUUCCUGUUGAAAAACACUGAAGGUUGUGGUGAAUAAAACUAUAGGCGCUCUCCCCCUGCCCCGCUACUGUUUUAUAUUAACCAGGGGGAAUUUUAAAUGUCAUAAAUUUAAAGAGUGGUGGUUUGCUUUUUGUCCGUAGAAUUAUGUUUUUUGUUUUCAUUUUGGACUCAAUUUCACAUCACCAAAUUCUUCAUUUAUACUUGGGAAAAAACAAGGCCAUAUGUAAAAACCCUUCCAAUACCUAAGUGUCUUUCUCCUGCAACUUCACACCCAGACUUGCCACUUUGGGUGCAUCGAUGGUUAGGUCAGCCAGCUGAUACUCUGCCUGUCGCCUUGCCGUGUAGGAGGCUUCUAAUUAGCUGGAAAAGAAUAUUUUUCUAACACAUUGCAAGGAAUAGCCAAAUCUUCUUAUUGAAGAAAGAAGAAACAUGAAGAAUGGUCACUUGUACCUAGCAUAGUACAAUCAACCUCGUGGAGACCGCAGGGGACAGGCCUGUCGAUGCUGGCUGUUCUUCCCACCCAUCUUCCUGUGGUGAUUGUCAGCCGACGCUGUGGCCCGGUCUCCUCUCCUCCCUUCCCUUCCCCUAUCCUUUCUUUAUUGCACACAGGACAUCAGUCUUCAAGGAAAGGAACUUUCUUACGGUCUGCCGGUCUUACUGGGAAAAUGCUAGCCAUGCUUACCUUCCUGGGAAUGUUUGCAGCUUGCCUGAGAGAGAGCCCAUCCCACUUCUUUAGACAGAUCAUCAGUGUAAAUAACCACUGUGCUUAGGAGUUAGUUGGUAGAUGUUUUCAUUUGUUAGAAUGCCUGGUUGGGGCUUUCCGGUGUGGAAAAUGAGCAGAGAGCAGUCCAUCUGGAUCAACGGAAGGAAGGGACCCUUCCCUGCCGGAAGACAUCUUGAAAACCCUCAGCCAGCCUCUAACGCUGUGGAGCGACCAACCCCCCCACCUCCCCCUAGCCCCGCCCCCAAUCCUGAGGUGUCUCCUCAGCCUUUCUCUAAGGUCACCUCUCUACAAAGCACAACACUAAUGUAUGCUUCCUCAGACCUCAGUUCAAGGGCCCCUAUUUAUUUCACUGAAAACGCACACACCCCAAUGGCUUUGUAUUUGUCACCUCCCUCUGGUCGCUACUUCUUUUACCCUUGCCCGUGUCCACCUCUUUUAGAGUUAUGCUGGCAAAUCUUACUUGGCGAACACUUCUGUGUUUGAAGGCAGUGGUUAAGGGCACAAAUACAACCACGCGGACAUCUGUGUAAAAGCGUCUCUCUGAUUGCCACACUGCUGCUGAACAGUGUGUAGUAUUUUCCCAGUCAGCUUUGCCAUACUGACAUCAAUCAUUUGAGAGAAAUUAUUCAGAUUUUAUUUUUAUAUCUGUGGUAACAAACAUUAACCAAAAGAUUUUCUGUUUGGAGGCUUCCCCCAGUGACCCUCCCCGCAAGCUAUUUGCUCACAUUAACAAAUGAAAGUGCCUGAAGCAUAAUUCAUUCUUUACCUGUAUACUAAAAACCCUGUUGUAUUGAUUUUUUUAUAAUAAGCCUUUUUACCUCUGUAAAAAUAUAUAUAUACAAGUGUAUGAUGUACAUUUUAGUUCUUAACUUUUUUUAUGGUUUCUAAUAUGUAUGACCAAUGUAGCCAUUGCUUUAAGAUGUACCAUGUAAAUACAAACACAUCCUACCAGA